AUGGACGCAAUCGGAGUUUAUCGUGCCCAAAUAAGAGAGUUCUUUGAAAGGGCUAAAGGUGAAAAACGAUAUAAAAGUGAGUUGCUAAGUAUGCCUCCACCUAAACGUUUGAUUAUUUAUCUGAGUGAUAUCAGAAAGUUUAGUAAAGAAUUAGCUGAUUUACUCAGAGAAAGAGCUUCUUUCCUUUUACCAGCGAUUGAAGAGAUAGCAUCAGAGAUAGCACAAGUUUCCGUUAAAAUAGGACUUAGUGGAGUAGUAGGUGGUGGUAGAAUAGGUCCACGUGGUUUAAAUUCUUCUAUGUUGGGUAAACUAGUCUGUGUUGAAGGUAUUGUUACUAGUGCUUCUAUUGUUAGACCUAAGAUCAAGCAAAGUGUUCAUUAUAACGCGAAAGGUAACUUGUUUGUAUAUAAAGAGUACCGAGAUCUUAAGAAUCUAAGUUUACUUCCACCUACUUCAAUUGCUCUGCCUAAAUACUCUCUUGAAGGUAAUAAACUGGAUUUAGAGUAUGGAUUAAGUGAGUAUAUUGCCCAUCAAAGUGGAGUUCUGCAGGAAAUGCCAGAACUAGCUCCACCUGGACAAAUGCCUCGUGGAGUUUCUUUAGUACUAGAAGAUGAUUUAGCUGGACUUAUUAAACCGGGUGAUCGUGUGCGAGUUUAUGGUGUAUUUAAGUGUAUCUCUUAUGUAAGGAGUGCUUCUGAUUUACUGAGGACGGCAUUGAUUGCUAAUAAUAUCGAGUUAGUAGGUAAGGAAGGGGGGAAAGAGACAGUUACAACGGCAGUUCUGGACUUAGCGAGGAAGGAAGGACUGACUGGAUUAGCUCGGAAUGUCGCUCCUUCUAUUUAUGGCCAUGAAGCGGUUAAGAAGGCCUUAUUACUUAUGCUGGUUGGUGGUAGUGCAGUACAUACUGAGAGUGGUGGGUAUAUUCGAGGGGAUAUUAAUGUCCUGAUGGUUGGUGAUCCAGGGAUUGCUAAGAGUCAAAUGUUAAGGUAUGUACUGGAUAUUGCUCCUUUAGCAGUAGGUACGACUGGUCGAGGGGCCUCUGGAGUAGGUUUAACAGCAGCGGUUGUAAGUAAUCCGGAUACAGGGCUAAGACAAGUGGAGGCUGGGGCUAUGGUUUUAGCAGAUACGGGUAUAGUUUGUAUCGAUGAGUUUGAUAAGAUGGAUGAGAGUGAAAGAGCGGCUAUUCAUGAAGCUAUGGAACAACAAAGUGUGACUAUUGCUAAAGGGGGAGUACAUACUACGCUUAAUGCUCGCUGUUCAGUCUUAGCAGCUGCUAAUCCGGUUUCUGGCCAGUAUCGAGUGGGUUUAUCACCUAAAGAUAACAUUAGAAUGCCGGAGAGUUUAUUGACUCGAUUUGACUUGAUUUUCCUGAUGGAAGAUAGUACUGAGUAUGAUGCUGAAAUUGCUGAGCAUGUUCUGAAACGAAGAAUGGGCCGAUCGGCCUCCGUCCAAAUGAUUAGUCAGAUGGAAAUGAAAGCUUACAUUCAGUAUGCCAAGGAGUUGCAGCCGGUCUUAAGUGAAGAAGCUUCGGCUAAGAUAUCUAGUGAGUACGUGCGGAUGCGGGUGGAAGGGGAGAAGAAUCGAACUAAUUUAGCCCGGGGAGUGACAGCCCGUUUACUUGAGAGUAUUAUUAGACUGGCUACAGCUUUUGCUAAGAUAAGAUUGGCUGAGGAAGUUGAAGUUAUUGAUGUUGAUUCGGCAGUUGAUCUUUUAGAACCUACUUUAUGGCGUAAAUCUAUUCGGCCGAAAGCAAGUGCUAAUACGGCUGAACCAGAAGAUUUAGCUGAGAUUCUCUUUGCGUAUCGUAAGGCUAAUCCUCAUGAUAUGAUUGUUUCACUGGAGAAAGUCGUAUCAUUAUGUGGUGGCGAUCGUGAAGAAGUCUUAAGAAGUCUAAAUGAGCUGGAGAAGGAGAAUGUUCUUUUUGUCAAUGAAGGUAUGGUUGCUUUCCGCUAA